AAACUGGGUUAUUCAUACAAAGUUUGCAUGAAAAUACGAUAUAGUGUAGAGAUAUCGUUCUGUGCACAGAAUGAUUCACAUCAAUUUGAUGUAGUGUAUCGCCGUCUUUGUCAGAUUGUCGGCAAUCUACGCUUAUUCCGCGUGCGUAAUCGGGGUUCGCUUCCUCGUCGUCGGGUCAAAAGGAGAACCGGUAGUCGAAUGAUAGGUGGGCCUGCUUUCAGGUCUUUGAUAUGGCUCUCGACUGACUGCAUUUGCCAAGUAUACAGCAGUUUCGAAGUACUCAAGAAAUAGGCUAAUCAGCAUAAAUGUACCACAUGAGUUGGUAGCAAGACCAUUCUACUUUAUUCGAGUUCUCCUGUUGGAAGAGGAUAUCAUGUCGAAGGAUGAACAAGAAAUGGUUGGGCCGAGGCCGUCUAUAAAAAAACUAUGCAUGUCUGCCAGAGAGGGAGACCUAGAAGGACUCAAGAAGCAGCUGAACCACCUGACUGAUCAGAAGAGACAUAAAUUUAUCAACAGGCGGGACAAGGACCACCACGCCCCGCUCCACUACGCUGCGAGAUACAACCAUAGCCAUGUCGUCGACUACCUCAUUAAGAACGGUGCAGAUAUUGGAAGUGAAGAUAGAGAAAAAGCUACGCCACUUCACUACGCUGCCAAAUAUAAACCAGAUGCUACGGAGGAGGUGGCCAAGGAGACGGGUAAAAGCAACGAAACUGAUGGAGACAAAGAUGUACCUGACGGUGAAAGAGAAGCAAGCCAGUACACCGUGACAGGCGACUCUAAGAAAACCCAAGAUGAAAUCAUACAACAUUUUAUCCAAAAGGGCGCCGAUGUCAACUCCAAGGACAAGCAUGGAUUGACACCACUCCACCUAGCGGCAAUGAAGGGAAACACACCCGCUGUCAAUACGUUUUUGGAGAAUAAGGACAUUGAUAUCGAGGCCACCGACACUCAGGGCAUGACCCCUGUUCACCUUGCCGCCAUGCAUAACCAACCCGAUGUAGUCAGGGUUCUAAUCAAUGCCAAGGCGCCGAUUGCAGUGAAGGGCGGUGUACUGGAAAGUACCCCGCUUCACGUAGCGUGUACCGAGGGAAGCGUUGAUAUUGCCAGGAUGCUGUUCGAGGCAGAUGAAGAGUUGGGGAACAAGAUCGUGAACGAGAUAGACCGUUACAACAGCACUCCCCUCCACAGAGCAGUGGAGGGAGGACAUAAGGAGGUCACCGAGGAGUGCAUCAAGCAUGGUGCCAAGGUUAAUGCCAUCCGUACUGACGGGACAGCUCCGCUACAUCUCGCCGCCAAGACAGGCAGCGAAGCAGUUGUUAAGGUGCUUCUGAAGGAGAAGGCGAACAUCAAUGCAAAGAACGACCAGGAUGAAACGCCACUACACAAGGCGGCUUCUCGAGGAUACAACAACAUCUGCGACCUUCUUAUCAGUUGGUCGGCCAAGGUGAAUACACAAAACAAGGAUGGACUGACCCCGCUCCUGAAAGCCGCCCGCAAGGGACAUGUAAAAACAGUGACGGUUCUACUGGACAGAAAUGCAGACGUCAGGGCGACGGACAAGAACGGGAAAUCCGCUAUUUAUCUCGCGGCAGCGGAAGGCAAGUUAGAAACGUUACAGUGUCUACUCCGCCAUUAUCGAAUGACAAACGCGGGUAUGAUCAACGCAUGUGACUGCUAUGGCGACACGCCCCUCCACGUGGCGGCAGAGAAAGGCUACGUUAGAGUUGUCCAGUAUCUCCUUGACAAAGGGUCGAAUAAGCUCAUACGAAACGAAAGGGAGCAGACGGCCUUACACCUUGCCUGCAAGAAGGGAAAGACAGCGGUCCUUGAUGUUCUCCUUGGGAAGGACAAAGCCCUACUGAACGACGAAGAAGAGCAGGCCUGUACACCCUUGCACCUUGCUGCUGAGCAGGGUCAAGUUAGGACUGUUGAGGUACUAAUCCAAGUAGGGGCUGAUAUUGACACACCGAACCAUGACAAGAAAACAGCACUCCACCUAGCGGCAGCAGGAGGAUGGUCAAGGACUGCCAAUGUUUUGCUACAAAGUGGUUGCCAGGUUGAUCCACUGGACGAGAAGAAGAGGACCCCUUUCCACCUCGCCGCUAGAAAAGGAAAUGAUGGGGUUGUCAAACUGUUGUUGGAGUACAAUGCUGAUGUUGGUCUGACAGAAGGGAGUGGAUGCAACUGCCUUGAUCUGGCAAUUGACAAGGGACAUGAGAACGUGGUACUAACCAUCAUUAACUCAAGCAAAUGGACUGAUGCCUUAAAGAACGCACAGAGUGUCCUGAAGCAUUCUGACUCCGGCGUAAAAGACUCUCUUCAGUCUAACGACUACAGCAUGCUACCAAACCGAAUCGCGGGCAACAGCAACCGAUUCUACGACACACCUAUGCGCAAACUAAUCAGAAAGAUGCCAGAUGUAGCUGAGGAGGUGUUCAGUCGUUGCUGUGACCCAAGGGGGACCAAACCUUCCGAUUCGGAAUACGCGAUCGAGUAUAAUUACGAGUUCCUUGACGAUGCCUACCUACUGCAGCGAUGGGUGAGCGAGGACCAAAGUGACGGAGGGUCAUCCAUAACAGAUACGGGAGUGAAUCCUUACAAGGACUACAAGUUGAUGCCAGGAGCCCAACCAUACACCGAUGACAUCUUCAUUAUGUCCGAGAACCACCCGCUGCAGAUCAUGGUUGGCUCCAAACGCCAAGACCUCUUGAGCCACCCACUGGUGACAGCAUUGCUGAGACAGAAGUGGAAAACAGGUCGAAUUCUCUACUACGUGAACUUGAGUGUCUACCUGCUGUUUUUGCUCUUUCUCACUGGUUACGUUUUGGAUGAUGCAGGAAGGAGGACAUAUCAGUACUUCAAUUUCACUCAUUUGGCCACAUACAAUGGGACGGAGUGUGAACAAGUGGUACAGUACAUUACAGACUUGGGCAAGGUGAACCAACAGUCCGCCUUCUCUGAGGUUUGCAAAUACGGCAGCAUAGUAUUUGUUCUCAUUAUCGCUGCGAGAGAGCUGAUACAGAUAGUCCAAAGCAAAUGGCUCUACUUCAGGAACUACAUCAACUACAUUGAAUGGACCAUCAUCAUCACUACUCUGUUGCUCUGCUUGGACUUCGACAACCCAUGUCAGCGUGCAACUGGGAUCAGACUGGCGUGGCAAUGGCAGAUAAGCGGUAUUGCCAUUUUCUGGGCAUGGCUAAACCUAGUCCUCUUCAUGCGUAAAUUGCCCGUGGUCGGUAUCUAUUCUGUGAUGUUCACCGAUGUCCUGAUGACCUUCAUCCGUUUCUUCCCGGUUCUCUUUCUGCUGGCUACUGCAUUUGGUCUUAGCUUCCAUUCGUUACUUGGCAACCAGUUCCCCUUCCGAACUUUUCUGGCAUCCCUGAUCAAGACAUUCACAAUGAUGUCAGGUGACCUGGACUAUUCUGUCGUCGCCCAUGAACCCUACACAAAUGAUCGGCACAUCCAGUCCUGGUACAACUUCGUCUCUACGGCACAGUUUGUCCUCUUUAUUGUCAUCAUGAUCAUCAUUGUCAUGAAUUUGCUGAUUGGUCUGGCGGUUUCUGAUAUCAAGACGGUACAAGAACAAGCAGCUCUAAAACGAAAGGCUAUGCAGGUUGAACUCACCCUCAGCUUCGAAGGCUUGCUACUUAAACUCCGUCACUCCAAACGAUUCGGUUUCUUGCGAAAGCUCUGCUGCAGUAAGAUAAGAGAGACACUGAAGAUUAACACGUCCAGGAAGUGGUAUCAGAAGAUCUUCCCGAGGGAGACGGUGUCCCUUCUGCGGAUAGAAAGAGUACUGGUCAAGAACUCGGAAGUGGCAGAACAAGACAGGCUAGCUGAACAAGUAGAGAGUAUUGAACACCGUGUGCGGAGCAUGGAGGUCAUGAUGAAAGCAUUGAUAACUCAUCACAAGAUCAAUCUUGAUGAUAAUGCCUUCGACUAGCGCCCCGUGCAGAGAAAUACAGACUUUCAGAGAUUUAACAGCUGAUUAUAACAUAUCCAAGAAACUGUGAUAAAUGAAAUUAUAACUUCAGGUACCAGUUAUAUCAUCCAACAUUAUAAAUGCGCGCUGUGUGUUGUAAUAAAACAUUGGCUUAUUGUCACUUUCAUACAAAA